CUCCUAGCCGAAACCCAAAUAGGUCACUCAUCCUUCUCAUCUGAUCGAUUUGUUCCCAGAAUCCCAGUUUCCCUGUUACUGCUACUCAUCGUCGAUCAAAUAUCCACUCUGUAAUUGAUCUCUGUUUUACGUGUUUUCAGCAGUUGAAACUUGAAAGCUCGCUCAAGUAAGACUCUGCUUUCUCCUUCUUCUGGCUUUAAGGUGCAUGAGAUUUGAAUUGCGAAGGAUCCCGUUCUAACACUCUUGGAAACAGAAAUUUGAAUUGACCCAAAUAAUGUAGCAAAGCCUGCAGUCGGUAAUUCUUGGGUUCUGUCUUGAUUGUCUGAAUUCCUAUGCCUGUUUGUUUCAUGGUCGAUCUGCUUUCUUCGGUGUUUUUUGGGUGGAUUCCUCUUGAAUUGCAUCGGGUCGGUGAUUAUUAUAGGAGGGAUAACAAACAGAAAGGAUGAGUAGAAAACAAGUAAUAAGGCAGAGGUAUGAUAAAAUUGUUCUGCAAACAUACUGAGGUAGCUUCCAUUGAAGAUUCUGAUAAGUAGGCAGAAUCUACUACUCUUUUCAGUUGUGAGCUUAACUUUCACACCCAUGUCAGCACCAAAUGAUGAUAAUGCAUCUGCUCAUUCUCAGUUGUCAUCUCAUUUUUUUGCGGGCCUUCUUGACUCCAUAAUUGUAGAUGUUGCAUCUGAGUGCCACCGGAUAGCUAGGCUAGGUCUUGAUCGUAAUUUAGAGGAAGAGGAGGAGGAAUUGAGGCUGUCAGCACAGGCUAGGGUGAGGGUAGCUGAUCCUAGUAAUAGUGGUGAAGUAAACAAUAAGCAUGUGGUUGACAUAUUUGGACAAACUCAUCCUGCUGUUGCCAAUGAAAUAUUUGAAUGCAUGAACUGUGGGCGGUCGAUCAUGGCUGGAAGGUUUGCUCCACAUUUGGAGAAGUGCAUGGGGAAGGGUCGAAAGGCUCGCCUCAAGUCAACAAGAAGUAGCAAAACUCCACAGAACCGGUAUUCACGUGGCAGCCCAGUUUCUACCUACUAUACCUACUCCAAUUCCGCUAGUGUAAACCGGAUUGUAAAUGGAACACCUGGUCCUACAGGUGAGGAGUAUGCUGAUGGCACCUUUGAGGAGACAUGAUAUUCUAAGCAAAUGGGCUUCUCUGGGCUUCUAUGAAUAAAGAUCGACAGAAUUACUUGGUCAUGAGGGAGCACCAACUUCAUGUUUUAUGAUGAUUUAUGCUAUGUGCUUUUAGGAAAUGGGGAGGUAACCAUAUUGAUGUGAUGUUCUUUGAUCACUUCAUGUCUGAGUAUUGGAGAUCCAUAACCUAUCUCCCUAUUACCUUCAA